AUGUUCGAAAAGGCUUUGCGAUCGGCCAAUUUUUAUAUGAGAGUUAUCGGUAUUCCUACAGAUAUUAGAGACGGUAAUCGGACCCUUAUGGAGCGUUUGCGUAAUCGUUGGUUUUACUGCAUAAAUUUUUUGUGGCUCAAUACUGACGUUGCCGGUGAAAUUACGUGGUUUGUUAAAGGCUUGUUAAAUGGCAGCAGUACACUCAUAGAGAAUACUUAUUUAAUACCUUGUCUCACUCUCUGUAUUUUGGGAAACGUCAAGACAUUUUUCACGAUAAAAUACGCUAAUCAUAUAAUCGAUUUGGUUGCUAUUCUGAAAGAUCUUGAAAUAAAAAAUAAUGCAGCAAGGAAAAAUGAAACUGAAAUCGUUAAGGAGCGCCUGAAAUUCUUGACUACGUCAAAUAAAUUUCUCUUAUUUGUGAUUGGAACUGGUAUAAUAGCAUUUGGAAUUGGCCCUCUAAUGUUAACUGCAUCCAUUUACUUCUCGUCUGGAGACAUGAAAUUAAAAUUACCCUUUUUGAUUUGGUAUCCAUUUGAUUCUUCAGAUAUUCGAUAUUGGCCUUUUGUGUAUGUACAUCAAGUAUGGUCAGCCUGCAUAGCUUGUUGUGCAGUUUACGGGCCGGAUUGUUUUUAUUUCACUUCUUGUACUUUUAUUCACAUACAUUUUAUUCAUUUGCAAAAUGAUAUUACAAAUGUUAUCGUGGAGUCGUCUCGGGCUCGUAAGAACGGUCUUUAUCGCGGCUGUCAUCAGGCGUUUUUGGAGCUGACAAACCGGCACAAAGAUUUGAUACGGUGCGUUAAUUUGUUGGAAAUAAUUUAUUCGAAAUCGACUUUGGUCAAUGUAGUGAGCAGUUCUCUUCUGAUAUGUGUAACAGGAUUCAAUGUUAUGGUAACUUUUUGUUGGUUUGCCGCACCGUUUGCGUCUUUCCUGGCUCUUGGUCUGGUGCAAACCUAUUUACUUUGCUAUUAUGGCGAUACCAUCAUGUGCUCUAGCACUGAGGUUAGUGACGCAGUAUAUAAUAGCACUUGGUACGGUACGAAUAUUUCACAGAUGAGGGAUUACUUAUUUGUAAUGAAAAGAGCUCAGAAGCCGUGUAAACUGACAGCGUACGGCUUUUCUGAUGUCAACUUGAGGACUUUUUCACGGAUUCUGAGCACAGCUUGGUCGUACUUCGCCUUGUUGAUUACAAUUUACCGUGGCAACGGUCAGCAGUAG